GAAAUUUCGAGAACCCUCUCGUCGUCUCUCCCGGUCGCUCACCAUACUCAGUUCUCCUCUCUCUUUUUAAGCUUUCGCCAACAUCGAAGAUGCCACACAACACUAAUAGCAUUCGAUUCCAUCGUCAAUGGCAGAAGAAGCAAAAUCAAAAGGAAACGCCGCCUUCUCCUCCGGCGAUUACGCCGCCGCAAUCACCCACUUCACCGAAGCAAUCAACCUCUCCCCAACCAACCACAUCCUCUACUCGAACCGAUCCGCCGCCUACGCAUCCCUCCACCGCUACGCCGAAGCACUAUCCGACGCCAAGAAAACCAUAGAGCUCAAACCGGACUGGGCCAAAGGGUACAGCCGAUUAGGCGCGGCAUACAUGGGCCUAUCUCAGUACAAAGAAGCAGCCGAUGCGUAUAAGAAAGGCUUAGAGGUUGAUCCGAGUAACGAGACGUUGAAGUCGGGGUUAGCCGACGCGUCGAGACCUCGCGGGCCAUCGUCGAAUCCGUUCGUUGAGGCGUUCCAAGGGGAGGAGAUGUGGGCGAAGCUGACGGCGGAUCCGGGGACUAGGGUUUAUUUGCAGCAGCCUGAUUUCGUGAAGACGAUGCAGGAGAUUCAGAAGAACCCUAAUAAUCUUAAUUUGUACAUGAAGGAUAAGAGAGUGAUGCAGGCGUUGGGUGUUUUGUUGAGUGUUAAGUUUGGUGGUGCGAAGGGUGAAGACACGGAGAUGAAAGAGGCUGAGCCGGUGAAGAAGGUUGAACCGGAGCCUGAGCCGGAGCCGGAGCCUAUGGAGUUGACGGAGGAGGAGAGGGAGAAGAAAGAGAGGAAGGAGGAGGCGAAGAAGGAGAAAGAGCAAGGAAACGCUGCCUACAAGAAGAAGGAGUUUGAGAAGGCUAUUGAACAUUAUAGUAAGGCGAUGGAGCUUGACGAUGAGGACAUUUCCUAUCUCACGAACCGUGCUGCCGUUUAUCUUGAGAUGGGAAAGUAUGAGGAGUGCAUUCAAGACUGUGACAAGGCUGUUGAGAGAGGCAGAGAGCUUCGUUUUGACUUCAAGAUGAUAGCAAAAGCUUUGACUAGGAAAGGUUCUGCGCUGGUGAAGAUGGCGAAAUGCUCAAAGGACUUUGAACCUGCGAUCGAGACUUUUCAAAAAGCGCUUACAGAACAUCGGAAUCCUGAUACGUUGAAGAAACUAAACGAUGCUGAGAAAGCUGAGAAAGAGCUGGAGCAACAGGAGUACUUUGAUCCUAAGGUAGCCGAGGAGGAGCGUGACAAAGGUAAUGGAUUUUUUAAAGAGCAAAAGUAUCCAGAGGCGGUGAGGCACUAUUCAGAAGCAAUCAAAAGAAACCCAAAGGACGUGAGGGCGUACAGCAACAGAGCUGCUUGUUACACCAAGCUAGGAGCUUUACCAGAGGGAUUGAAAGAUGCGGAGAAAUGCAUUGAGCUUGACUCUAGCUUCACCAAAGGAUACAGUCGGAAAGGAGCUAUUCAGUUUUUCAUGAAGGAGUACGACAAAGCCAUGGAGACGUAUCAAGAAGGGCUGAAGCAUGAUCCUAAGAACCAGGAGUUGCUCGAUGGUGUUAGAAGAUGUGUGGAGCAGAUCAACAAAGCGAACCGCGGUGACCUGACACCAGAAGAAUUGAAGGAGAGACAAGCAAAGGCGAUGCAAGAUCCAGAAGUUCAGAACAUAUUGUCUGAUCCGGUGAUGAGACAGGUACUGGUUGAUUUCCAAGAGAACCCAAAAGCGGCACAAGAGCAUAUGAAGAACCCAAUGGUGAUGAACAAGAUACAGAAGCUGGUUAGUGCUGGUAUUGUUCAGGUUCGGUAGAUUGGUUAUUCUGAAACCGGAUUCAAAGUCAAAUUUAUAUCCAAGUUCCUACGGUGUUGUAUCGGAUAACUUGGUUUCUGAUCUGCUUUGGGUCAUGUUUUGUGAGUUAUUAUUGAGUUGUGUUCUCUUAUUUUUUCUCUUUUCUUUUUUUUUUUGGUCAAAAUUUGUUCUCUUUAUCUUAUUUGUGUUUACUUCCUUCGAAUAUUUUCUACAGAGUAUGUGUUCAAGGUUUUAAGUCCAUAAAGCUGUUCCUCCUAUAGUAUUGUAUCCUGUUGAACUUUGCAUAGAGGCUUUUAAUUAUGUUCCGCUCUAAUUGUUUCAACA